AAGGGCCCCACCAUUCGGGAUUAGCUAGCAUAUGCAUGCACAGAUCGCCUUAGCUCUUAACCGUUUUCUUAAAAGCUCGAGUACAAUUAAUAACAUUCCAAAAACCCGAAGUUCAUUAACCAGGGGGCUAUUAGGGGAAUGCAAAAACGCAGAUUAAGGUACGUAUAGUCUAAGCUAGUACAUGGGACCGACUCAGAUGAGAGACAAACUUCAGGAAGUACAUUGAAAUUCAGAUAUAUGUAUAUAUAUAUGUGUGUGUGUGUGUGUGUGUGAAUUCCUAAAUUAGAAGUCCUGAGAGAGAGAGAGGGGUAAGAGAGAUGGUGAACAUAUUCAGAGCCAACACCUUCCUCCGAGGGGUCAUGAAACUCGUGGGGCUAAGACCUCAAAAGAUAGAGAUCGAGCCAGGAACAGUGAUGAACAUAUGGGCCCCGACGAGGACCUCUGACAAGCCCGCUGUCGUGCUUCUCCAUGGUUUUUCGCUCGACGGGAUACACACGUGGCAGUUCCAUGUGCCCUCGCUGGCUGGGAAGUACUCGGUCUACGUGCCAGACUUCAUGUUCUUCGGCAGCUCCACCACCGACAGGCCGGAGCGAUCCGUGGCCUUCCAGGCGCAGUGCGUAGACAGGGCAUUGAAGAGACUCGGGGUGGGCCGGUGCAUCGUGGCAGGGUUCAGCUACGGGGGGAUUGUGAGCUUUGAGCUCGCCCGAACGUGCCCGGAGCUGGUCGAGUCCCUAGUGGUGUGCGGCUCAGUCAUGACACUGACCGAGUCGAUCACUGCCGAUUUCUUCCGGAGGAUGGGUAAUGAUGGACUCAAGCUCUCUGGGUGGUCGGACUUGCUACUGCCUGAUUCGGCAAAGGGUGCGAGAACAACACUUGAAAUCGGGACGUACAUGCUGCCCCAAUGGAUCCCUGAUUGCAUUUUCAGGCAAUAUCAAGAGGUAAUGUCAGAGCACAUAAAAGAGAAGGCCGAGCUUUUAGAAGCUUUAGUCAUCCCUGACGACGAAGACCCAAAUAAAAUUUCAACCUUAUCUCAGAGGGUGCACUUGUUGUGGGGGAAGGACGAUAAGAUUUUCCCCAUGAAAAUUGCAAUUUCUUUAAAAGAAAAAUUGGGAGAAAAGGCAACAUUGGAGAGCAUAGAGAGGGCAGGUCACUUGGCAAUGUUGGAGCGACCCAUUGUUUACAAUCGGCUUCUAAGGAAAGCUCUCGCCUCUCUUAUCGAAGCUGGGGCUCAUCCUCACUCCCAAUAGCUAGCAAAAAAUUAUGAUGCGUUUGAAUUUAGAGUUGAGUUGAGUUGAGUUUUGAUUUUAAUUGGUUUGUAAUGAUUGUAUUGUUGAAUUAUGAGAAAAAGUAUGAAAAAGUAAUGUAUAGUUAAGA